UCUGGAGGAUUCGCGCGUGGUAAGGUGUGGUGGGCGGAACGAGAGGGGACCCCGGGACCCUCCCCCGCCGCCAAAGCGGCCGAGUGCCCCCCGCGGUUCCCGGGACGUGGCGGGAGCGCGGAGGCACUGGCUGAGAGAUUGAUACCGUACCUCUGAUGAAACCAUGACCAGGUGGGCACGAGUCACUACCACACACAACAAAAGACCCUUGCCUGCAACAUCAUGGGAGGAUAUGAAGAAGGGGUCCUGUGAGGAAACAAGCCAAAGCCUACCAAAGAGUAAACAACUUGAAGCCAAUAGGCUGUGCCUUAAAAAUGGUGCACACCAAGCAAAACACAAAAAGAACAAAAAGAAAAAGGAGUACUUAAAUGAAGAUGUGAAUGGAUUCAUGGACUACCUAAGACAAAACUCACAGAUGGUUCACAAUGGGGAAAUAAUAACAGACAGUCGGGAAGUACGGGAAGAAAUUGCAGUUGCUUUAAAGAAAGAUAGUCGCAGAGAAGGAAGACGGUUAAAGAGACAAGCAGCAAAGAAAAAUGCAAUGGUAUGUUUUCAUUGUAGAAAACCUGGCCAUGGGAUUGCAGAUUGCCCGGCUGCCCUUGAGAAUCAAGAUAUGGGCACUGGAAUAUGUUAUCGGUGUGGAUCUACAGAGCAUGAAAUAACCAAGUGCAAGGCUAAAGUAGAUCCAGCUCUUGGUGAAUUUCCUUUUGCAAAAUGUUUUGUUUGUGGGGAAAUGGGGCACCUGUCCAGAUCUUGCCCUGAUAAUCCCAAAGGAGUCUAUGCUGAUGGUGGCUGCUGCAGACUUUGUGGCUCUGUGGGACAUUUUAAGAAGGAUUGCCCUCAAAGUCAGAAUUCAGAUCGAAUGGUUACAGUUGGUCGCUGGGCAAAGGGGAUGAGUGCAGACUAUGAAGAAAUUUUGGAUGUGCCUAAACCACAGAAACCCAAAACAAAGAUACCUAAAGUUGUUAAUUUUUGAUAAUGACUAGGACUAUGAUAAGUUACCAUCUCAUUGUUACAUUCUGAACUGGGCCUUCACAAGUUGAAGCUGGGCUCCCUUGGAGAGGCCUGAAUUGUAGAUGUCGGUGUGAUCUGGGAGGUCAAAUAGUUAACUGAGUUCUGUCCAAGGAGCACUUCUGCCUGGAGAAAAUCACUGAAGAAAAGCAUAAGAUGUUUAAAUUGGAUUCUCUAAAAUAACUUUUUUAGCAGAACUUACGUGUAACUAAGUGGUUAUAGACCUAAUUGUAACAAUCAUCUUUUUU